AUGUUAAUAACGACUAAAACGCUCACAAAGAAUAAUAGGGAGAGAAAUGAUGAUCAUCCGUUCAAUCUCAUCAAUAAUAGCUUUUCAAUUUUACAAGGAUUAGAGGAGAAUCCGAAAGAAGAGAAAAUCCAUCGCACUACCACAACCUCCACACGGAAGAGUAGGAGGAGAUCAACAUAUCAUCAUGACGAUUCAUCAUGCACACUAAUAUCCCACACCAACAGAAGUAGCAACACUUGUAUUCAGAAAUCAUCCAAUACCUCCUUCCUUCGAAAUUUUGUAGAUCUACCUUCCGAAAUUUUGAUUUACAUUUUCGAUUUUAUAGUUCCCUUAUUUCAUAUUCUGUCACAUCAUGCGAAGGAAUUCAUUACUCAUGAAGAGAUACUCAUUAGAUUGAUUCCUCAAUUUUUUAAAAUUCAAAUUUCUCCACCCACUGCUCCCACCUACUAUCAGUAUAAUCGAGAACAAUACACCAGGCUUUUCAUGGAAAAUCAAGUACCAAUCUAUGCUGAGCGUAUUUUGAGUUUCUUAUUGGAAGAUGUGAUUGAAAAUUCUUUUGUUAAUUUUCUGCUGAUUAGCAAGCAAUGUUUCUAUCGAGUUUUUGUGACAGAAUGUUCAGAGAACGAUUCAAUUCGCUUGCUAUGGGAGUUUUUAGGAAGCUCCAUUCAGAAUUGUCGUGAGAUUGCAGAGACGAUAUUGUUACAAGCACCUUUCAAGCCAAAACCUUGGUUGUAUUUGUUUGGAGGUACACAACAUGCUGCAACUACGAACGAUUUGAUUGCAAGUGUCAUUAAGUUACAAAAUAGUUCUGACCAUUUUGUUGAGUUGUAUUUAAAUAAGCGCUUCCGAUUAUAUCAGUGGACGAACAAUAUCUGGAUGUUUGCAUUGAAUCCUGUUUUGAAGCCCACUAAUGAGCAAUGGAGAGAUUACUUAAAUUUACUCAGGAAAAAGUUUAAACAACAUACACAGUUGACGUCCAAUCCCAUAUACGUAAUGAAAUUGAGUCACACCAUGUCAACUUUUCUUAAUAGCCAGUAUGUUCAAAAUUUUGCUGAGAGACAAUAUAGGAUUAGGACACAAAAGAAAUGUGGACAGAAAAAAUCGUCAAUUAGGAACCGAGAAAACAAAGAGAGAGAAAGAAUGUAUGAAUUGUUGAAAUUGAUUUAUGUCGAGUGUAAAGUACCAAUUACCGUGAGCAUCGAAAAUACCGAUGUUCAAUGUGUAAUUCUAAAUGCAAUAUGUAUGGCAUGCGAAAUGGCACAUGAAUACUCGAACAUUGAUAGUACUGACAUUUUUACAACAGUACUAUCGUCCAAUAUUUUGCACAAUGAUAUUUUGACGAAAGAAGAAAAAGAACAACUCAUACUUGAUCUGCUUUUUAACAAUUGUGGAAUGUUAACAAGUUUAUUCCUUACAUUUAGAUUUGAACAAUUAUUCAAUUUAUUGCAAUUGUUAGAAGGCCAAGACACUAAUAAUUCAACUAGAAAAGUGCACGCCAAUGAAUCUGUUUCACAUUUAUUAGAAUAUUUCAUGGAGAACAUCAAAAUGAUAUUUAACUGUGUUAAUCACAGUUAUAUUGUUCAAACGCUCUGUAAUGUAUUAUCUCGAGUAUGGAGACUUCAUAUCAUUGAUAUUUCAUUAACAGCACCCUUAAAUAGAUUGAUCAAACAUGCAUGCGCCAAAAUGUCAGUAUUCGAGGAUGAAACUUUAAAGAAAUUCGUACUGACGACGUUUGAAACAUUACUUCAACAUUUAUAUUCUCUCUACAGACCUUAUGAAAUUUUUGAAGCGUUAAAUAUGCAAGGCAAUUGUUUGAACAAUCGUACACGUAUGGGACAUGUGAUUUUGGAGAAUUCUCUCCGAAACGUCAACAUUUUUGAAAUUGUGUUAACUACUCCUUUUCAACAAUCGGGACACGACACGAUGAUGAAAACUUUAUCUGUGAGACAAGUACUUGGUCAAGAACAAGAUCUACCAAUUUAUGGACCCAUGUUCACAUUUUUAGUACCCACAUGUUGUUGGAAUGCUAAUGUGUCACGGAAACAAGAUGCUCACUCUGAAUUUGUAUCACCCACUAUCUUUGACGCGGUACUCUCCAUCUCAUUUAAUACUAAGGGAAGAGUGACGAAUUAUUGGAGUCGUCGUGCUCGCAGUUCGAUUACUUCAAAAGAGCAAGACGAUUCAAUGCCACUUGAAAAAUUAAUGUCGAGAAUGAAUGUAUUAAGGAAAUAUAUUGGACAUGAUAAGUGUAUCGAGAUUUUGCAAAAUCAUCCAUCUUUUGUAAAUACAUUGAAAUUAUACAUUCAACAACAAGAAAAGUCUCAUAUUGUGAAAGUCAUGUUAGCUCGACUAGUGGACUUGUUGAAAGAGUGGGGAAUUGACAUGGAAGAAGAAAAACAGACAAGAAAAAAGUGA